CUAGCGCAAUAGAUUUGACAUUUGACACGUAAAUAACAUAACAACAUACACAUUGUAACGCACACCCAUGUAGGUUAGGACUUGGCUACAUAUGUUCGAUUUUACUUGAUGAUUUGUCUUCGUUGUAUAUCUGUAGUAGGCCUACACCUUCAAGUAUUGAGUACGAAGUACAUCUACAUCUACGCAGGUACUCAGCAAAGUCCACUUCUGGAUGUUAACGCUGAGAAGAUGAUGCUUAUUGGAAGACAACUAAGGCUGGGGUGCCUUGCUGUACUUACUGUGUGUUUGUACUUCUGCAAAGAUGUCUUUAGUCUUGAUUGCAACAUGACCAUAACAAUCAACUCCUCCAAUAGUGAGGGUGUGUUCUCCUCGCCUUCGUUCCCUUCCUCCUACCCCAAGCUGCCUGAAGCCUACUCCUGCUGGCUGACACUGAUCCCAGACGACCCUGACAAGGACUUAUGGCUCACGUUUGAUGAUUUCCACCUCAGCAGCGAGUACGUUCACCACAACAUGUGUGACGCUGAGGAAUUUGAUUAUUUGGCUAUAUACUCAGGGUCUACAGUGACUAAGUACUGCGGAUGCCGAAGACCAGAUAUGUUGAUUCAUGACGAAGGGGAGGUCAGGCUAGAGCUGCAUGUCAGACCCGCUCGCAUCGAUGAGUCAGCGUUCAGGGCAUUCCAGGCCCGAUACCAGUACCUCGCCGCCGCAGAGCGCAUGAACCUCAAUGACAUCUACUUGUAUUCAGCCAAGCCAGAUAUAAGCAGCGGUUACCAUAUGGUGGAGGUUCCUAUUUCACCUUUGCCUGCCGCUGUAAAUUCCAGAGUCAUAGAUGGAUUGUAUUACAUAGAGGCAGCACCGGAGAUGAAGAUUAGCCUCACUGCCUAUAUCCUUAAUGCGGAUUCAAACAGCGGCCCAAUUGAGAUCAGAGAUGGCCUCACGUCACAGGCGCCCCUCUUGUAUGACGGCACCCUAGAGCAACGGACUGAAGUCAUCUCUACACAGUCAUCUAUGUACAUCCGCUGGCGUGGAGUUAUACGAGACGCCACGCUCACACUAAGCAUGGACAUCAUUGCCUUUAAAGAACCGAGUUCCCGUGGUGAAUGUGCUGAUGGCAACUCAUAUUUCUAUUGUAAAAACCACCGUUGUAUCAAAAGCACAUUGACUUGUGACUCCAUAGACAACUGUGGUGAUGGUUCCGAUGAGGCACGAGAUAGCCUGACUGACAUAUGCCAUGAAGAUAUCUGCGAUCCCUCUCCUUGCCUCAACGGAGGAACCUGUAGCACCCCUGGACCUUCAUGCAGGUGCCGCUAUGGAUACUACGGAGAUUUCUGCCAGUCUGUAAACAAUGACUGUUUUUCAAUGCCGUGCCAGAACGGAGGAACAUGUGAGCCCAUGUCAAAUGGGCCAGGCUUCAUUUGUUUCUGCAAGGGCAACUUCCUCCAACCACUCUGCCAAGAAAGCACGCCAUGCCGGCUGGGUGACUGUAAUGAGGGGAAUUGUAUCGAUGGAGUGUGCAUCUGCAAAGACAAAUAUUAUGGGAACCGUUGCGAAUUUGUGGACAACUCCACUAACACGGACUACACAGACCUCCAGCACACCAGCAUCAUGAUAGGUGCCUUUGUUGGGGCCGUCUGCCUCUUGUCCAUCUGCUGGCUCAUUGCCAUGGCUCGCAAGCGGCAAUCGGACGAACCUGUGGGAAGAGUCACGCGGAUAGUUAGUGUGCACAGUAGAGAUGAAAGAGGCAUGCGUCCAUCUGUGACAGCAGCGGGUGCCAUAGACCUCCCACCGAACUACUCUGAUUGCGUGUUUGAUGAUACCGACUCUACGCCACCGGGCAAGCGGAACGCCGUGCCCGCCGUGAUCACGGAGGAAAAUGAGGAGGAGCCUGACGGGGACGUUUUCAUCGCAGAGGAGGAGCAGGGGGAGGGGCCACCCUUGAGCCCACCCCCAACCUAUGAAUCAGUGGCACUGAGCGAAGACGAAGACGGGAUUGUGUUCGAGGUGCAACGGUUACCGGACGUUGUGAGCCAAGACAGACUACCACACAGACAGACCUCACACACGGAUACUGCGGUUUGACCCAUACUGAGCCUUGUUGUUUUUUUGUACGUGUAACUAGAGGGAUAUAUUAAAAAAAAAUGGUUUUGGUGGAAGGUGUUACUCCCUUUAAAAAAACAUAUUUUGUUUUCUUCUUUGGUUGUUUAAUCGACCUUGCCUGUCUAAUACGAAUAAAUUGUAAUGUACUUUGGUUAAUUUGUAAUGUGUACAGGUUUAUAGAAUUAAUGAAAGGAGUCAGUUUAUAUGGAAUCAAAUCAAAUUGGAGGCUGAGGAAUUUUUUUUUGUAAAUUUACUCUUUCUGAAGUUUUUCAUUUUGAUAUCACAGUAAGAUUUAAACAAGCUGUAAAUAGAUUAUGCCUUUUGUAUUUUUUAAUGUGUUUUGUAAUGAGUCAUCUUUUUAUGGUGCACUGUGUCAACAGGUACCGUUACCCCUUGAUGAUCCUCUCCAUCUUUUCAGUUUGUGUUAUUUUACCCUGUAUGUGACCCUCAACUUGUCUGGUGAGAUAAUCCACGUGUUGAAGAUAUAGUGAGCCACUUGUUGAGACAGGCUUAUAGGGUGCAUAUUGGGUGCACAUACCACUCUUUUAACCAAAAUCUGAACCCUCCUACAUGUACAUGUACAUGAAGAGACUUCAAAGUCCACCAAAGGGUUUUGGAGGGAUUUGCGGGAUCAAGGAAGGUUCAGCUUAGCCGCUACUAGUCUUGGUCCAGUUAAGACUGGAUUUGGAUUUUAGUCCCUGUAUACAGCCAGUCCAUGACAAGCGUGGUACUUAAGCCGCUACGGUAGAGGUCACUAUCAAGAUGAAUCAAAUCCAGUCUUGGGAAUAUUGGCAGCGCUACCUAGGAAAUUCUGAACAUACCUCAUGUGCGUGCAUUAGCUUGAAUACAGCAUGCAUGAGGUACAUGCAUUGCACGGCACCGGCGUGAAGUCAAACUGGAUGAUGAUGCCUAGCGGCGAUAUCCAGUCAACUUUCUGAGAUUCUGAGAUUCAUGUAUGCUCGGAAUUGCGUGAGUAGUGCUAACAAUACUCCCGAGACUGGAUUUGAUUCAUCUAGUCGAUAAUGACCACCACGGGCAUACAUUAGCUUGAAUACAUCUUGCACGGGUUUUGCUCGAAAUUUCCUGAGUAGUGCCAACAAGACGACUGGAUUUGAUUGGGACCUCUACUGCCACGGUGGCUUUGCCACGCUUGACAAAAACCGGCUGUAUAAGGAGAAUCCAAAGCCUGUCUUGGACUAAGACCAUAUGUAAGCCUGUAGAGGGCUGGAUGCCCCUCAAAAGACAAGGACAAAGUAUGUGUCGUUUGAUCUCUGCACAUUAGUCAGGUGAAGAGAACCAGGACGUAAUGGACUUAUGGUUACAUAUCUCUGUUUUUGAAGGCAUGAAUUGUCUUUAGUCACAUGUGGCAGAUAAUUUUUAUUCGUUUUGUACCCUGUGUCAGAAGUUUGUGCUCGAAAAGUACCUCAUAAAAUUAACACACUUAAGUGUCUGUCAAUUUUGGAUUCUUUACUAUGACAUAGAACAAAAAGUACUAUGGCAUUUGCUGUGCCAAACCUAUAUUGUUUACAACUUCAGAUUCGUGAUGGGGCCAAAAUAAAUCUUGUAUUUUUCAUGACUUAGA